UUUUGCACAUUAUUUAAACCCAUAAACCCCUAGCAGGAGAAGUAUUCGCCCCUUCUUCUCCUUCAUGCACCAACCACUACUCCACUGAGAAAGGAUCGAAGCCAAACCUAAGUUCAUCUCAACAUGGAGUCGAGCUCCCUCUCCCUCUCCUUAGUAAUUGCUGUCUCUAUCUUGUGUUUCUCAUCUUUCGCCCACGCACAACAGCCUUACAUCGGCCAGGACACCAGAGUCUGUUCCAAGACCAACGACUCUUCCUCUCCUGCCCUGGGCUACACAUGCAAUGGCCUGAACAAGACUUGCCAAACCUACCUCAUUUACCGAUCCAACCCGCCCUAUGAUACCGUCCCGUCGAUCGCCCGGCUCCUGGCCUCUGACCCAUCUCAGCUCUCUGCCAUAAACUCGGUCGCUCCGAACGCGACGUUCCCGACCAACAAGAUGGUGAUAGUCCCUGUGAACUGCUCCUGCUCAGGUCAGUACUAUCAGGUAAAUGCCUCGUACACGAUUAAGCGGGGAGACAAUUAUUACUUGAUUGUCAAUAGCACUUACGAAGGCCUCACAACAUGCCGCGCCAUCAAGGUCCAAAACGACAUCGAAACUGUGGACUUAUACAGCGGAGACCUCACCAUUCCGAUCCGAUGUGCUUGUCCUACCAAGAACCAAACCAACCUCGGAAUUAAGUAUCUAUUAAGCUAUGUCGUUGCCGAGGGCAACUACGUUUCGACAAUUAGCUCACGGUUCGGUGCUAAUGUUGCGAGGACAUUGGAAGCAAACGGUCUUUCCGAGCAAUUCUCCACGAUCUAUCCCUUCACCACUCUGCUAGUUCCCGUUCGAAACCCGCCUUUGAGUAAUCAAACAAUAGUAUCUCCCCCAUCACCACGCCAACUUACGCCACCUCCGCCACAAUCACCGAGCCCACCUGCUUCGUCAUCAACUAGUGUUUUGAGGAACAAAUGGGCAUACGCAAUUGCUGGUUCUCUCGUCGGAGCUGCGUGUGCUUUGGCAAUCGGCAGUGGCAUUAUUUUCUGUAUGCCUUUUCGCCGCAGAAAUGUGCAACAUACUGCAAGUAUUGUCCCCAACGACCGUGAGACGCACGUGAAACCGAUCGUGGAAGUAGAUGAAGAGUCUCAAGGACUGAUGCAGACCAUAUAUGGCAUUGCUCAGUCCAUCAAAGUGUACAGUUUCGAAGAACUGCUACUGGCUACCAAUAACUUUAGCCCUAGCUAUUGGAUCAAAGGGUCGGUCCACCGGGGGGAGAUCGACGGUUGCUCCGUCGCUAUCAAGAAAGUGAACGGCGACGCGAUCAAGGAAAUCAACCUUUUCAAGAAGAUCAAUCACUUCAACAUUGUUCGCCUUUCAGGGAUUUGCUUCAACGAAGGGGACUGGUACUUCGUCUACGACUUCGCUUCUCAUGGACCCUUAAGUGACUGGAUUUACAGCACACUUGGUGAUAGCAAAACUGUCCUGAGCUGGACUCAAAGAGUUCAAAUUGCACUCGAUGUGGCCACUGGCCUGAAUUACCUCCACGGCUUCACAAACCCACCUCACAUUCACAAGAACAUCACGAGCGGCAACGUCCUUCUUGACAGCGAUUUCCGGGCCAAGAUAACGAAUCUGGGCAUGGCGAGGUCAGCCGAAGGCGAGGCGGGCCGAUUCGCCUUGACGAGCCACAUCGUCGGGACGAGAGGUUACAUGGCCCCAGAGUACUUGGAGAACGGUCUGGUCUCCAUGGCGCUCGACGUGUACGCCUUUGGGGUCCUCGCAAUGGAGAUGAUCACGGGGAAAGAGGCGGAGUCCUUGACCCGAGAGGAGAGCUCGAAUCUGUUCGACGCCCUGGACGAGAUGCUGCCGGAGGACAGCAUGACCGAAAGGUUGGCAGACUUGAUCGAUCCUUCCUUGGGCGGACGUUAUCCUUCGGACCAGGCGGCUUUCAUGUUCGGGAUCAUCCGGUGUUGCCUGAAGAAGAACACGGCUGAUCGUCCCGACAUGGACGAGAUCGUACAGUAUCUGUCCGGACUGUUGGCAUCCGCGAUCAACUGGGAAUCUUCUAACAACGUGAUUUGAUAGAAAGCAAAAAGUUUCAUGUAUCCAUGCAUGGUCAUUCCACUUUCUUAAUUUUGUCUGAAUGGUGAUUAUCUCUA